AAUCCGCAAGGAGAUGAAUCGUUAUUCAUGUUGACAUUUUUAUUUAUUCCCAAAUUUUAUUUGAGGAUGUGCUAAUGACGUGAUCUGCGAAUUGUUUUUUUUUCUACUUUAAAGCCAUGUCAAGUGCUCUGUGGAUUGACCUCAGACGAGCCCUACCUCCAACUCAAGCUGAUUUUCCCCUGCAGUUUAACGAAAAGGUGCCUGAAAGCCUGGUUUCACUACUUAGGGGUGCUAGAGAGGUGUUGUACGCCCCUUCGGAAGAGGCUGUUGGGACCGCUACUGCCGCCAGUUUAAGUGAGUUGGCGGAAGUUAUCGUGGAUUACUCGUGGGAAAGACUCAACAGCGGUAACUGGAGAGACGUGGAUAAGGAAUGGCGGAGGGUAUAUUCCCUGGGUUGCCUGUUUCAAGCGUUGGCUUAUUGCUCUGAUAAUGUUUCGGGUACCAGUCUGCUCCAAGCUGUACGCUCAUGUGACAUGGGGCUGAUCAUGGGCGCAGAAGUAAUGGACAACGUUCUGGGUAGGGUUAUCGGCAUCCUUCAGGCACAUCUUAUGGCAGCCCGCAGGACUCCGCAAGGAGAUGAAUCGGCAGGAAAGGAAUGGACAACAGAGGUUUCAGUACAAGCAGUCGAGCCUGAUGUAGAGGUUAUCCAUGAAUGCUGUCCAUCUCUUGAACAUUUCAAGCAAGAUUACUUAAUUCCUCAAAAAUCUGUUAUAUUAGAAGGAAUUAUUGACCACUGGCCUGCAAUGAACAAACGUCAAUGGAGUCUGGAUUACAUUCGACAAGUUGCAGGCUGUCGAACUGUUCCAGUUGAAUUGGGCUCUCGAUAUACAGACGAGAACUGGUCACAAACCCUGAUGACUGUAGAGAAUUUCAUAGAUCGGUACAUUUUGGGUAAGCAAGGCAGCAUUCUUGGAUACCUUGCUCAGCAUCAGCUUUUUGAUCAGAUUCCAGAACUGAAACAGGACAUCUGUAUCCCAGAUUACUGUUGCCUUGGUGAUGGUGAUGAAGAUGACAUUACUAUAAAUGCGUGGUUUGGUCCUAGGGGUACAGUUUCCCCUCUCCAUCAGGAUCCCCAGAUGAACUUUUUAGCUCAGGUUGUUGGACGAAAAUAUAUUCGACUGUAUUCGGACUCUGAGACCGAAAAGCUUUACCCACAUGAGAAUCAUCUGCUUCACAAUACAAGUCAGGUAGAUGUGGAGAAACCAGAUUUUGAAAAAUUCCCAAAAUUCAAGACGGCCAGUUAUCAAGAAUGCAUUUUGAAACCUGGAGAAAUUCUGUUUAUUCCAGCCAAGCACUGGCAUUAUAUACAAUCUCUUGAUGUUAGCUUUUCUGUCAGUUUUUGGUGGUCAUAAUAGUUGCAAUGUGGUAAUGCAGAUGUUGUCCUAAUGGACUGGUGUAUUGCUGUGAACUAAGCUCAGGAAACCUCUUUGGCAUGAUCUGAGAUAAAGAUAUCCUUCCCCCUCUGGUUAUUUUUUUCUGUAGCUGCCUCACCCAGGAGCACGCAUACCUUCUGCAAGCAUAUUCUAUAAAGUCAUACGUCACACUAGGAAAGUAUGCCCACCUCCCGUGUGCAUCAGUUUGCUUCUGUCCUCUCACACAUUUCAGACCUUAUUCUGGAUAUUCAGCAUGAAAAAGUUGUGUGUGUAUGUGUAUAUUUUUUUUUCUUUAGUAACUGGAUAAUUGUGUUGGCCUUCAUCCAUUGUCAAUUACAGUCCAAGCAGAGGCUACAUAUAACAAACAUGUUUAA